AAAAGUAUGCACAGAAGCUGUCAAAUACAGCUUCAAGAGUUUGUGUAUGCUUUUCCAAGCAACUGUCAUAGGGCCAUCAUGCCCUUUAUUUGUCUUCAAUAUUUGUUCUUCCUUCUACUUUGAUGGGGUUUUCCAGCCUGCUCUAACUUCCCUGCAAACAUGUACAACAAACACACAAUGUCUGGCAUGUUUUCCCCACCAGUGGCAGCAACCAGCGGUCAGCAGCUUUUAUUUACCAUGACCUCACAACAGGCCAUUUCAUUGCUUUCAGCAGGUAUCUUCAAACACAGCCUAGUUAUUUAAAGAGGAUUCUAAAAUCAUGCACAAAAUUUCAUCCGUUUUAGUCUUGGCGGUUGCAUAUCAUAAUAUUCUGAAAAAGCAAAUGCAAAUGGGCUUGGGACAAUUAAUGAAAAGUUUCCAGUAAUAGUUAGAAUUGGACUAGCCUGUAUCAAAUAAUAUUUAUUAACUUGUUACCUAGAGACAUUAAUCAAAAUGUGGCUGCGUAUAUUUUUGGUCGUGGUUUUAUCUGUAAUGUCAUACUCCUAUGACUACUACUACUAUGAUCCUACAAUUUGUGAGAAUGUUCAGCCAGGACUAUGGGUCCGUGACACUGUGGACUGCACUAUAGCCCAUCAGUGUGGCUUUGACAUGGAAGUGAUUCAAUCCAUUCAGUGUAACUCCAGUCAAGUCUGGUCCAAGCUAGCCUCUGCCUGUGUGUGGGAAUGGGAUCCAGACAGAGAUGACUGCAAUGGCCGACCACAGCUAUCUAUAUCUAGUGACCCAAGAUGUGUUAAAAAAACUGGUAACAACCCCCACCCAGAGGACUGCUCUAAGUUCCUCUCAUGUUCCAAUGGGACAAUGGUUGCAGAACAACGCUGUUCAGAUGGAACACUGUAUUGGCCUAGAAAUGAAACCUGUGAAUUUGCAGAGUCUGUGGCCUAUGACUGUGGUCAGAGAAAGAUACCCAUGUCCAUUCCGAUUUAUGAAGAAGAUCCACUUUGCAAGCUGAAUGGUCAAGUGCCGGAUCCAUCAAGCUGUCGUCAUUUUAUCCAAUGCCUUCAUGGCAAGAGAGUGCAAAGAAUACAGUGUCCUCGUGGCACAGCAUUCUCCGAUAAAACACGCCAGUGUGAAUGGUAUGAAGAGGUGCGCUGUGGCAGCAGGGUUGUUUAAAACCAAACAGAAUUUCCCCCUGAUCAUGUUCAUCAACUCCAGAAAGCUUGGCCCUCACAAUAGUGCUUGUGUUUUGAUAACCUUUGUUACUGAACUCAUUUGUACUUACUAGACAAAGUGUGAAGAUGUACUUUGAUUUAGUGGUUAUAAAACUUCAUAAUUAGAACAUUGAUACUGUUUACAUCUUAGCUGAUGCAUUACUUCAUUUCACAGCCUCUUAGAGUCAUCUAAAGUGUUCACAGUCUUAAUUUUUUGUUUGCAUGUAAUUAUAUACUCUGUAUUCUUUAAGUAACUAGACAACAUAACAAAGAUUUAUGAAUUAAAUAAAACAGUUUAUUUUCUCUUAAUAUUCCCAUAGUUAUUUACUAUAGGAAUAUGACAUCACCAUUGAAGUAUUGCUGCUGUACCAUAUGUUUCCUAUCAUAAAUGCAUGAUAUGUAGAAUAAAAACCAAAAACACUU